GGGGCGGAGGGGGAGGAGCCGAUCGCGUGGGGAGCCGGCGGCGCGGGGAUGGCUCUCGCGCGCGCGCAGACGACGGGCAGACUGACGUCGCUCGACGCCGCCGCCGUCACGUCCAUCGCGUCGCCUCUGACGGAGACCUCCAUCACGCCGCCGUCGUUCUGCAGCUGCAAAAACGCUCGAAGAUGACGCGUUUUAUGAUCUAUAUCCCGUCCGCAGGGUCCCUCCGCGGGGGUGAUCCGCGCCGCGGACGCGGGCAGCUCCGCGGCGGCGACGACCGACACCCUCCACCCGACGUCUCGAUCGACGACGACGCCGCCGGCGCUGAUGUCGCACUCUUGCUCGAACUUGAGCAGCAACAGCGCGGCGGUGUGAUCGAGCGCGUCCGAGCGGUCGAGCGCGAGCAGCGCGCUGCCGGCGUCGAGCCAGCACAGAUGCCGAAGCGCGCCGCCGCCUUUGGUCAGCACGCCGAGCGCCUCGGAUCCCUCGAGGACGGUCCCUCGCAGCGCCGACGCGCCGCGCCCCUCCAGGUCUCCGGUCUCAUCCGCGAGCGCCUCCGACGUCUCUUCCCACGCCGUCGACCGACACGAUGACACGACGCCGAGCGUCCCGUCGCUGAGGAGCGCGAGGAGCCGUUCCGGGUCGCCGUCGCCGUCGGCGGCGUCCGCGCCA